CUUGGCAGCAGUAGCGAGUAAAAGACCAAGAAACACCUUGCUCUCUAGGGCACACAAUUCACUUUUUACAAUUCCAAACAAACCCCCAACCCCCGGUUAAUUCAUCGCCGGAGAGUCUCCAUCGCCGCCGCGGAGCCCUCAUUGUGAUUAACUUGAAAAACAAAUGGUGAGAACAACCAAGACUCAUCAACCACAAGUAGAAGCCGACGACGAAGAUUUCGGCUCAAGGCUCACUGAUGAGGGGAAGAAUGGUGAUAGGAAGUCUAGGUCGAAGCAUUCGGAGACCGAGCAGCGCAGGCGUAGCAAGAUUAAUGAAAGAUUUCAAAUUUUAAGAGAGCUCAUACCUGAAAAUGACCAGAAGAGGGAUAAAGCUACAUUCUUGUUGGAGGUUAUUCAGUACAUUCAAUUCUUACAAGAGAGGGUGCAGAUGUUUGAGAGAACAUACCAAGGUUGGAGCUCAGAGCCAACAAAACUGACACCAUGGAGGAGCAAUUGUGGGGCUGUUGAAAGCUUUGUUGAUCCAUCUCAUCUCAUGAGGAGUGGCCCUGUGAAUAUACUUGAUGCCCCAGUAACUCUUACCAAUACACAUAACUCGAUAGAUUCUGAUUUCGGUUGUGAAGCUACAUACAGAGAAACAGAUCAUGGGGUGGCUUCGCAAGAAGUUUCUCUAGGCAUGUCAGUGCCGGCAAAUUUGUUCGAAGACAGCACAGCUGAACCUCCCCAGGUAUCCUUUUCAAAUACAGAGCUCUUGGCAUCUGAAUCACAGCCCCAACUUUGGCGCGAUAGACCAUGCACAACUGAAUGUGCUACUACGAGCUAUACUCCAGAUGAGCUGGAAGAGCUCAACACUGAAGAUAUAGCUAUCUCAGACUCCUGCUCGCAAGGGGUGUUAAAUACCAUAAGUCAUGCACUAAAAUCUUCUGGAGUGGAUUUGGCACAGACGAGCAUCUCAGUGGAACUUGACAUUGCAAAGCAUCCUGAUAGGGGAAUGACAUCUAUGGCUUUCUUUACAAGGGAUAACAAGAACCUCCCUCCUAGCAGUGAGGCAUUGUCACAUCAUGGAGUUGGGAGUAGUAGCAAUAAUUCCUUUCAAGCCCACAAAAGGCUGAGAACUGAACAGAGCUAGUAGUGGAAUUUCACUGAUCCCUUCCUAUAAUAUUUUUUCCCUUCUCUUCCCUAAUUGGGGAUAUUCACUUGGCAUUCCUUUUUGUUUAUGGAAAGGGAUCAUGAUGUGGGUGGUUUUUUCGGUAAUGCUAGGUGUAUAUCCAAAAGCCGGUGCCAGUUUUGGCAAUUUGCGAUGUGUUGAUCUUUGAAAUGUCAUGAUAAUUAUGUAGAACUUAGUUAUUUCGCAAUAUAUAUUUAGUAUGAGAAAUCUUGGCAAAUAAUGCUAGUCUUACUGCUAUUGGAGUUGAAUGUAAAUAGUAAGUUACUUAUUUUUGUCGUGCAAUUAAGAAAGUAUUUGGGGCUA